CUGGAGGAAACGCAAGCGGGGUCCCGAAAAGGCGCUAUCCCACGGCAAGGCUGCAGGGGCUGGCAGAGAGGCCUUCAGGCUCCUCCGUUCAUUCCUAGCGGUGCAGGGAAGAACUUGUGGGAAGGGAAAAGAGGCUGGUGGGGAAAGUUGGAGUUUCCCAAGGCAAGGAGACAGGGAACUGAAACCCCCAGGCCAGCGAAUGGGAGAAGGCAGGCGGCGGCGGAAGUGACGUGCAGGAAGUCCGGGGCUGCACUGACCGGCUUCCUCGCUGCUUUCCCGGCCCGCCCCCUCCCCCCCACCGCGCCUCCACGAUGUAGCCGCAAAACCUCAGGCGUCUCCGCCCGCCUCCACUGCAGGGCCGGAGGAAGCAGAAGAGGAGGAGAAGGAAGACGCGGAGCAGCGGCUUGGCUGCGGCGGUCAGCAUGGAGCCCGAGGGGAGCAGAGAACUUAUCUUUCCUCCUCUCACGGAGCCGGUGGACGCCCCAGUGCCCAACCUCACCCCGAGGCACCAGGAGCUGAUCCCUACUCCCUGUGGCCCUAGCAGUUUUGGAUAUCAAAUGAGAGACUGUCAGGGGCUCAGCAUGGUGUCUGGCCAUAGGAGGUGCUCAAUAAAUGCUUAUUCUUACCUUCCACCCCUUCCUCCACUUCCUUUGUCUGUCCUUGUAGGAGGAAGAGGGAAAGGGAAUGGACUCAACUUCCAGAUAAAGCCAUGGAGCGAAUUGUCCUGUCCGGUCAAAGUCUACUUCUGCAUCACGCUGGUGUCUCUCCUGAGCAUCAUUGGGUUAACCAUAAAGACCCUCGUGCAAAAGUCAGACGAGAACUUCACCGUCUCCCUCAUUCAGCUCAUCGGCGUGGUGUUCUGCAUUUACUACGUGACCCGGGGCAUCCUCCAGGAGAACCGCCAGGAGCUCAUCGUCUUCAUCCUCUCCAUCCUGCUGGUGAUGUUCCGCUCCCUGGUCAACUUCCUCGUGCUGGCAGCUCAUGGGGACCCAAGCAGAGAAGCAGAGCCACCUCUUCAGGCCCGGUUCGUGGUGAUCCUCCUGGUGGGCUUCUUCGACGUGAUCUGCGCCGUGAUCCUGAUCCGGACCCAGGGCAUGAUGGCCUUCCGAGUGGGCGGGGCCCUGGAGAGCCUCCAGGCUCAGUACUUCAUGCUCAAUCUCUGCUUCUCCAUGCUGACCUUUGACCUGCAAGCUCAGCUCUGCCUGUGUGUCCUGAUCCUGACCUCGGGCCUGUAUGCCUCGCUCCAGCACAGCCUCAUCCUGGUCGUGGGCGUGCUCUGGGCUGGCCUCAAGGUGACCAUCGGUAUCCUGGCUAUUCUGCGAGAGCUGAAGGUCCUGGUGUGGAUUUUCCUGGUGCAGAACGUCCCGGAAGUGGCUUACCUCUUCUAUCUCCUGUACACGCAGAGCCUGGGGCCAGGGCAGCUCGUACACUGGAGAAGCGGCGGCCAUUGUGGGCUCGUGCAUCUCUGUGGCCAUCAAGUCUGUCUUGCUUUGGGCCCUGGUCCACGUGUAUCGAAGCUUCGGCCAGGGCCUGAGAGAGAGAAUGUUUUCUUCCUAUGGAAGGAUCGAGUCCUGAGCAGCCCCCAGACCCCCCAGGGUCCCAGGGCCGGGCAGACGCCCCCUCCCGCUUCUGCCGCUCGCUCUCAGCAGCCCUCCUCGGAGGAGCCUCAUCGUUGUCUUCCCUGCAUGUGGCAAUGAUGCCCGUCCGCAGCUAGUCUUGUGCCAAAGCCCGCUCCGGCAAGGCCCCGGAGGGCCCGGGCCCGCUCCCUGCAGGCCGAGGCUGUGAUGGGGCCAGCAGAUGCCCACGCUCCCCGAGCCCUCCCAGCCUGGGGACCCUGUGGGACCCCGGGCCCCGCUUCCCUGCUGCCCGACCGAGGGCCGGGGCCGCCCAGGAGCGUGGAAGGGUCCCCAGAGGCAGCGCGCUUCCCUCACCCUCUUUCAUACCUGUUGCCUCAAUUUCAGAAAGUCUUUCAUACUAAAGAAAUAAAGUUUUAUUAUUUUAACAAAUGGA